UUUGUAUUGGGCCAGAGGAAGAAACCAUCUUGCUGCUGGCGCUGUAAAACCCUGUUAACGGAAGAUGGUUUCAAUUGAUUUUCCUCGCUCUGGCUACAGUGACCGUUCUAGCCUCGCCGCUCUACAGCCGUGACUGUCUCUCUCUCUAUAUACCCGUGUCAUCUUCUCUAGCUAUUUCUGAACAAGGGACCAUGGAGGAGAUAAAAACGCCGGAACUUGUCGGAAUAAUAAAGAGAGAAGCUCCACAGCUAGGAUCCGUGUUGAGAGAAAUGAAGGAAGGCCUAGAUGUGGUUAGGAGCAAAGUUGAGGCUCUCACAGCAAAGGUAAAAGCAGACAGUUUCCCGACAGCGGAUGGGAUGAGUUAUCUGGAGGCAAAGCAUCUGUUACUCCUAAGUUAUUCCCAGUGUCUCGUAUAUUAUCUGCUAAGGAAAGCAAAAGGAUUCUCUAUCCACGGACAUCCUCUUGUAAGAAGCCUUGUUGAGAUACGAAUGUUUCUAGAAAAGAUUCGUCCCAUAGACAAAAAACUUCAGUACCAAAUUCAGAAGCUCACCACAGCCGGUGUGUCAGUGGCCCUCUCUGAGGGAAAGGAAGCCCAACAAUCUGAAGAUGUUUCUAAUUAUAAGCCCAAGCCAGACUUGCUUGCUGACAAAAUGGGUCAAGAGGAUGAAUCCAGGGAUGGAGUUUAUCGGCCUCCUAAAUUUGCUCCUAUGUCUAUGGAUGACAAGACGUCAAAACAGGAGAGAGAUGCUGCCAGAAAAGAGAAGCACUUUUUAAGACAAGCCACUGAAAAUACUUACAUGAAAGAUGUGCUGGACGAGCUAGAGGACAGGCCUGAAGAGAUCAGAGACUAUUAUGGUCCGGAGAGCAAGGAGCAGAGGAAGUUCAUGGCACAGUAUGAACGACAACAAAAGGUAGAAGAAGAACUCUUUGUCCGAGCACCUCGCACCAAGGAGGAUAAGAAGAGAGAAAAGCGCUUGAAGUCACGCAGUGGGUUGCAUGGACUUACGGAGAGUUUUGACGACGAAUUCAAGUUCUUAAAUGAAGAUGGUGAACAGCCAUCAAGCUUUAGUGGCAGUAGCCGAGGAAGAUCCAAGAGAAGAAAGACGAGGCAUUGAUUGAUUGAGAGAAUACACUCAUAGACACAUAUACUCUGUUUGCUACAAUGUCGUUUUACUUUGUGAUUGUAUUGAGAUUUUUGCUUAAUGCGAGUGAGAACACACACUUUCAGUAAUAUUCGGAUGACUUUCUCUCUUUUGUUAUAUUUUAGCUCAUUUCAUCUGAAACUUCGUUUACAUUUAA